GUUCAAAACAACUUUAGUAUAAAAACAGUUACUGGAAAGCUCAUAAAUAUAUCAUAAAUCUUCUACAAUGGCUAAGGCUUGCAGAGUUAAACAAAGAACUAAAAAUCAUAAAAGGAAAAAAAUAUUUAAUGUAAAAAAGAACUUAGUUGUAAAUAAUGUUGAUAUGGAUGUAAAUAUGGAAUCGAAUAUUGUAGAUAUGAAUAUAAAUGUUAUUACAAGUGUUGAAGAUGUAAAUGUAAAUAUGGAGAAACCAGUUGAUCUUAACUUUAUUAAUUCUAAUGAAAUAUGUGCUUCUGCUAGAAAAAUAAAAAAAAUUUCGUCAUCGCAUCCAAAGGUAUCUAGUAAUAUAGUUACUGGAUACCGUUUUAUAGAUUUAGAAAUACUAAAUUCUAUAGUUUCUACCCUUAGAUGUCCAGAAUGUAUGUCAUCUAAGUUGUUUCUCUCUGAAAAUGAAAACAAGAGAAAAGGUCUAGCGUCUUGUCUUUAUGUUAACUGCUGUGUGUGUGAUUAUUCAAGAGAAUUUUACACCUCAACAUUGAAUAUACAAAAAAGUUUUGAUAUUAAUACCAGGGCUGUAUAUGCUAUGAGAUCAUGUGGUCAAGGCUAUUCUGGAUUCUCAAGAUUUGUCUCAUUAAUGGACAUGCCUAAACCAAUGACUGCUAAUAAUUAUAAUAAAAUUGUUAUAAAACUAACUAAUGCAGUAAAAUCUGUAGCUGAAGAUACUAUGAUGGAUGCUGCUCAAGAGUUAAAAGACUUGAAGAGUAAUUUUAUUUUAAAUUCUAUUCCAGACCAUGUGCCCAAUGUUAUUGAUGUUGCAGUAUCAUGUGAUGGCACUUGGCAGCGACGAGGCUAUUCUUCAAACAAUGGUGUUGUUUCUGUUAUUUCGAUGGAAACAGGCAAAGUAAUAGAUGUUGAAGCUAUGAACAAGGUAUGUAAAGCAUGUUUUCAUAAAGAACAUCUAAAGAAAGGAAACCCAUUAGCCUAUGAAAUAUGGCAUGAUAAACAUAAAUGUACUUUUAAUUACCAAGGACUACCUGGUGGAAUGGAGCCAGAGGGAGCCCGCAGAAUAUGGGGUAGAUCUAUCGAAAAACAUAAUCUACGAUAUACUGAUUUCUAUGGCGAUGGUGAUAGCAAAGGUUAUGAUGCUGUAAAAAAUGUUUAUCAAGGUGUUCUUGUAAAUAAACUUGAAUGUGUUGGCCAUGUGCAAAAAAGAGUUGGAACACGUUUACGUAAUUUAAAAAAAAAGAAAAAGGUCUUGGUGGCCGUGGAAAAUUGACCGAUGCAACUAUCGAUCGUCUCCAAAAUUAUUAUGGCAUUGCAAUUCGCCAAAACAAAAAUAAUUUAAGUGCUAUGAAAUCUGCUAUAAGAGCUACACUUUAUCAUGUUGCUUCAUCAAAAAAUGAAAAUUUACAUUUUCCUCACUGUCCAGAAGGUUCAAAUAGUUGGUGUCGGUAUAAUCGUGACAAAGCAAACCAUACCUCAACAUACAGACCUGGUCCUGGCUUACCAAUAUCUAUUGUUUGGAAACUUAAGCCAAUUUAUGAUGAAUUAAGUGAUGACAUUCUUUUAAAAAAAUGUCUGCAUGGCCUUACCCAAAAUAACAAUGAGUCUUUUAACAUGACAAUAUGGGAGCGUAUACCAAAAGGCCAUUAUGUUUCGCUUACGCAUCUUCAAUUUGGCACUUUUGAUGCAGUUGCCCAUUUUAACAUUGGUAGACAAGCUAGUGUUUUAGUUUUAGAAAAAAUGAAUUUAAGACCUGGAAAGUAUUUGUUAGAAGGAUGUAGGAAAAUUAAUCAAAAGCGAUUAUACUUAGCCAUAUAUAAAAACACAGAACGAGCAAAGAAACGCAGACAAGUAAUUCGUGGAAAAAAGAAAAGUCGAUAUGACAAAUCUCUUGAAAAAGAGCAAAACCCAUAUCAAACUGGUGCAUUUUAAGAAUUAACUUAUUUUAUUAUAUAUAGAUUUGCAUAUUUAAUAACACUAUUUUUGAAUUUUU